AUUACGUAAAGGUAUCCUACAGCUAUAUCAAAAUCUAACGGAAAUAUAUAUGGAAGCAAUGCAUCAAUUAUAUUCAAUAGAACCGGAGGCAUUUUCACAAUUACCACAUCUUAUGUCAAUCUAUAUAAAAAUUGCACCAAAAUUACAAACAAUUGUUGAUGGUGUUUUUAUCGGUAUUUCAACAAUGAAUAAAUUGAUGCAUUUAAAGAUAACACAUUCUGGCCUUGAACGUAUACCAAUGAUACGACAACAUUCAAUAAAACAACAACAACAACAACAAUCAAAACAAUCAUCAUUAUCGCAACAACAAAAUGUUGAUGAAAUUAUUUCAACAAUCGAUUUUGAUAAUAGCCGCAUAAGGAAUAUAACUGAACGUUCCAUUUUGAUUAAUGCUGAAAGCCUUAAUAUUGAAUAUAAUCAGAUUGAAUUUAUUAGUAAUUAUGCAUUUUAUGGAUCAAAAAUUGAAAAAUUAAGCCUAAAAGGAAAUAAAAAUCUAGUACAUUUGGAAGAAUUUGCAUUUGCCGGUCUUUAUCUUCGUGAACUUGAUCUUUCGGAAACAAGUAUUACAAAAUUACCAACAAAUGGCCUUUCAAAAUCAUUAGAAAUAUUACGUAUAAAAAAUACAUUUACAAUGAAAGAAAUACCAUUUAUAUAUCAUUUUGAAUCAAUAAAAGAAGCACAUUUAACAUAUUCAUAUCAUUGUUGUGCAUUUCAAUUUCCCGAAAAUCAUGAUCCAAUUGAAUAUGAACGAAUAAAAAAUUUAUUCAAUACAGAUAAAUAUUGUUUUGGAAAUCGAAAAAAUGAAAAUGAUAAUGAUAAUGAUUUUAAUCAUAAUCAACCGGUUGAUCAUGAUAAUGAUGAUGAUGAUGAAAUAUUAGUUCGACAGGAAAAAAUGAAUGAAUUACCGGGUGAAUUUUUUGGACAACCACAUUCAUCGAUCAAAUCAAAACAGGAAUUUUGUGGAAAUAUUGAAAAUCAUAUGCCAAUCGUACGUUGUUAUCCAACACCGGAUGCAUUUAAUCCAUGUGAAGAUGUUAUGGGAAAAAAUUAUUUACGUAUUGUUGUUUGGUUAGUUGCAUUUGCUGCUGUUUCGGGUAAUGUUGCUGUUAUUGUUGUAUUGAUGAGUUCAAGAUUUACAUUUAAUGUAAGCAAAUUUCUUAUGAUUAAUCUAUCGAUUGCUGAUCUUAUGAUGGGAGUUUAUCUAUUUAUCAUUGCUAUUGUUGAUCUACGAACACGUGGUGUUUAUUUUAAUUAUGCAAUCGAUUGGCAACAUGGAAUUGGUUGUAAAAUAGCCGGUUUUAUAACUGUAUUUGCUCAAUUAUUAUCAAUUUUUACAUUAACUGUGAUUACAUUGGAACGUUUAUUUGCCAUUACAUAUGCAAUACAAUUAAAUCGUCGUUUGAAAUUAAAUUUAGCCGUUAAAGUAAUGAUAACCGGUUGGUUUUUAGUUAUACUAUUAGCAUCAUUACCAUUAUUUGGUAUUAGUUCAUAUUCAAAAACAAGUAUUUGUUUACCAAUGGAACAUAAUAAAAUUGGUGAUAUUGUUUAUUUGGUUACAUUAUUGAUUAUUAAUCAAUUAGCAUUUAUUAUUAUUUGUGCUUGUUAUUCAAAAAUGUAUUUUUCGAUAAUAAGCCAAAAAACACGUGCUACAAUGAAUGAUAUGACAAUUGCAAAACGAAUGGCAUUAUUGGUAUUUACGGAUUUUGCAUGUUGGGCACCGAUUGCAUUUUUUGGUUUAACAGCUAUUGCCGGUUAUCCAUUAAUCGAUAUGACUAAAUCAAAAAUAUUAUUAGUCACAAUAUAUCCAUUGAAUUCAUGUGCAAAUCCAUUUUUAUAUGUUAUAUUUACAAAACAAUAUAGACGUGAUUUUUUUAUACUUUCAAAACAAAGAUGUCAUUUAAAAAAUCAUCAUCAUCAUCAUUCAAAUAAUAAUAAUUUUUGUAUAAAAUAUCAUCAUGGUGAUAAUGAUGGUGAUCAAUCAUCAUCAAUAAUAAUUGCAAAUCAAUGUUCACAAUGUAAUAAUCAAUGUUAUUGUCAAUAUUGUUGUUCAACAAUGGUGAACAAUAUACAAAGUGAUCAACAACAACAACAACAUUCACAGAAUAAUCAUCAAAAUAAUCAUGGUAUAUGUGGUUGCUCAGAAACCGAUUCAAUAAUAAACAACAAAAAUGACAAUCAAUGUCAUCAAUGUCAUAAUGAUAAUGGUUGUAAUGGACAACGUAUAACAGCAACAACGACAACAACAAAUAUAUUACAACAACAACAACAACAAGGAAUGAAUAAUAAUUGUAUACAACAAGAAUUUUAUAGUGAUAAAUCAAUAAAUGAUUCAAAUGAUGAUGAACAACAACGUAAACAUCGUAAACAUAAACGUUGUCAUCAUUAUCAACAACAUCAAAAUUAUUGUCAACAACGUAAUAAUAAUCGAUAUUAUCAUUAUAAUUGUGAUCAACAAACAAAUUUUGAAAAUAGACGACAGAAUGGUGUAUUAAUACGAACAGAAUCAAAUGAUUGUAAUAGUGUAAGUAAUAAUAAUCAACAGGAAAAAGAAUGUUUCUGUAUUGGUGAUGGACGAAUUAUAAAUUCAAAUAAAAAUUUUAUUGAAAUGGAAAAUUUAUCCGAUAAUCUACCACAACCACCUAAUUCAUCAAUUGAAAGGAAUUCAUCACAACAACAACAACAACAAUCAUGUGAAAGGGUACAUAUUGUACGAAAUAAUAAUCAUCAUUGCCAUCAUCAUAUGGCUGGUCACGAUAUGAUAAAUGGUCGGGUAUUAUUUACCCGUCAUAAUAAAGAUCAUCAUCAUCAUCAUCAUAAUGGUCCUAUUUCGAUCCAAAUGGAUAAAUCAAAUAAAUUAAAACGAAAUAGUUUAAUAACAAAUUUUUUUAAUCGUUUAUCAAUAUCGAAACGUUUAAUAAAGAGAAUGGCAAUAAAAUCGAAUGAAAAUUCAACAUCAUGUGAUCAUCAUAAUCAUCAUCAUGAAUCAUCGGAUAUACAAUCAUGUUCACCAUAUUCAUCAACAAAUUCAUUAUAUCGUAAUCAUCAACAAAUGAUUAAUAAUCGUAAUAAACAACAACAUUGUCAUCAUCAUCGUUGUUAUCAUACACAACAACAACAAUGUCAACAUCGUACACGGCAAUUUAAUUCAUUACAAUCGAAUCAUUAUUAUCAUCAACAAUAUUCAGAUCAUCAAAAUAAUAAUGAUGAUGAUAUUGAACCAAGUAAUCCAUUACCAAUUGAAGAACAACGUGAAAUAUUAAGACAAGCAUUACAGGAAACAACAACAAUACAAGAAGCUGUAGCUGUUGUUGAAGAAUUAAGUAGUGGUGGUGUAGCAGCUGCACGAUUAUCAUCAUCACAUGGAUCAUCAUCGAAUAAUAGUUCGAAAAAAAUAUGUCAUACAAAUAAUAAUCAGAUGAAUGAAUAAUUUAUACGAAUU